AUGAAGGGACGCUUGAGAUCAAAGGUAUGGUGGCCCCGUAUCGAUAAAGACGUAGAACAAUUAGUAAAAGCCUGUAAAGGUUGUACGUUAGUGGGGUUGCCAAACCCAACUACACCAAUGAAGAGACGAGAGUUGCCUGCAGCUCCAUGGAUAGAUGUCACAAUGGAUCUAAUGGGACCAUUGCCAAGUAACGAGUAUCUUUUAGUAGUGGUCGACUACUAUAGUCGAUACAAAGAAGUAAACAAUUACAAAAACAUCACAAGCUUACAGAUUAUUAAAAUGGUAAAAGAAAUGUUCUGUAGACUUGUUUAUCCUAUUUCUAUCACCGCAGACAAUGGCAAGCAGUUCGUUAGUGAAGAGUUUCGAUCUUUCUGCAAAAAAUGUAACAUUAAGUUAUUUAGUACUAUACCAUAUUGGCCUCAAAUGAUCGGCGAAGUUGAAAGACAAAACAGAGAUAUUUUGAAACGUCUUCGUAUCAGCCAGAUCGAGAGGAAGGAUUUAAAAUAA